AUGGCCGACAUCAAGACUGGCAUCUUCGCCAAGAACGUCCAGAAGCGACUCAACCGCGCACAGGAAAAGGUCCUCCAGAAGCUGGGGAAAGCUGAUGAGACAAAAGAUGAACAGUUUGAAGAGUAUGUCCAGAACUUCAAACGGCAAGAGGCAGAGGGUACCAGACUUCAGCGAGAACUCCGAGGAUAUUUAGCAGCAAUCAAAGGCAUGCAAGAAGCCUCCAUGAAGCUCACUGAGUCACUGCAUGAAGUCUAUGAGCCAGAUUGGUAUGGGCGGGAGGAUGUGAAAAUGGUUGGCGAGAAAUGUGAUGUGCUAUGGGAAGACUUCCAUCAAAAACUAGUGGAUGGAUCCUUGCUGACACUGGAUACAUACCUGGGCCAAUUUCCUGACAUAAAGAAUCGCAUUGCCAAGCGCAGCAGAAAACUGGUGGACUAUGACAGUGCCCGCCACCACCUAGAAGCACUGCAGAGCUCCAAAAGGAAGGAUGAGAGCCGGAUCUCUAAGGCAGAAGAGGAAUUUCAAAAAGCACAGAAAGUGUUUGAGGAGUUUAAUGUUGACUUACAAGAAGAGUUACCAUCAUUAUGGUCAAGACGAGUUGGAUUUUAUGUUAAUACUUUCAAAAAUGUCUCCAGCCUUGAGGCCAAGUUUCACAAGGAAAUUGCAGUGCUCUGCCACAAACUGUAUGAAGUGAUGACAAAAUUGGGUGACCAGCACGCUGACAAGGCCUUCACCAUCCAAGGAGCUCCCAGUGAUUCAGGUCCUCUCCGCAUUGCAAAGACACCUUCACCACCGGAGGAGGCUUCACCCUUGCCAAGCCCCACAGCCAGUCCCAAUCAUACACUAGCGCCUGCGUCCCCUGCACCAGUACGGCCCAGGUCGCCUUCACAGACAAGAAAAGGACCUCCUGUCCCACCUCUGCCUAAAGUCACCCCAACAAAGGAUCUGCAGCAGGAGAACAUCAUCAACUUCUUUGAGGACAACUUUGUUCCAGAAAUCAGUGUGACAACACCUUCCCAGAAUGAAGUCCCUGAAGUGAAGAAAGAGGAGACUUUACUGGAUCUGGACUUUGACCCUUUCAAGCCUGAGGUGGUAUCUGCAGGUUCUGCUGGAGUGACCCACUCACCUAUGUCUCAGACAUUACCCUGGGACUUAUGGACGACAAGCACUGAUCUGGUACAGCCGGCUUCCGGUGGUUCAUUUAAUGGAUUUACCCAGCCCCAGGAUACUUCAUUAUUUACAAUACAGACAGAUCAGAGUGUGAUUGGCGGCUUGGCUGAAUCUGAACCGGCUCCACCCUCAGAGCCAAAAGCAGAGGAACCUCCUGCUGCUGCUGCACCUGCUGUCAGGCUGGACCUUGGACUGGAAACUAGGGCUGAGGAGCCAGUGGAGGAGGCAGUGGUGAGAGCAAUCCCUGGAACUGACGCGGAUGUGGCUGCAGGAACCAUCUUACCAGCAGAGGGGACCCUGGUAGAGGAAGCAGAGGCGGAGAAGGUAGCUCUCCCUGCUGAAGAGGGAGGAAGUCUAGAGGAGGCCCAAACUGAUACUGAAACCACAGAGGUUACAGACAAGGACAGACCUGAACCAACAGAGACAGAAGCAGCAGUGCCUCAGGAGAAGGUCAUCCCUUCUGUUGUCAUUGAGCCCGCCUCCAACAACGAAGGGGAAGGAGAACAUGAAAUGACCCUGGGUGCAGAGACUAAGGAGGCCACUGAGGAUGUGGCUCCUCUGGGCCCCACCAGUGAGACACCAGAGCUGGCCACGGAACAGAAGCCCGCGGAGGACUCUCAAGCUGUGCCUCCCGCACCAGCUGGUGCUGCUGAUCAAUUUGCAUCUGCAGGGGAGGCCUCUCCGGAAGUGCCUCCUGGCUUUCUCUACAAGGUGGAAACACUACAUGAUUUUGAGGCAGCAAAUUCAGAUGAACUUACCCUACAAAGGGGUGACGUGGUGCUGGUGGUCCCCUCGGAUUCAGAAGCUGACCAGGAUGCAGGCUGGCUGGUGGGAGUGAAGGAGUCAGACUGGCUGCAGUACAGAGACCUGGCCACCUACAAAGGCCUCUUUCCAGAGAACUUCACUCGACGCCUGGAGUAA